AUGGACUCCGUGAAGAUGAUUCCACUCGAAGGCCGCGUCGACGAUCCACUCCGCUAUGGGAUUCACGGUGUGAAGAGUGAUAUCAUCGAGCCUCACCCCCUUGAAUCUGCCCAGCGCACUGCGAAGGCGAGGGAAGAAGAAUUGAAGAAGAAAAUACUGGCGAAUACUUACGGGGCGGCGUUUCCGAUGAAGAUGGAGCUCGACCGCCAGAUUCUCUCCAAGUUUGUGUUUUCCUAG